AUGGCUUCCAAUUUUAAUGACAUAGUGAAGCAAGGGUACGUGAGGAUCCGGAGCAGACGCCUAGGGAUUUAUCAGCGAUGCUGGUUAGUAUUCAAGAAGGCUUCAAGCAAAGGUCCGAAAAGACUGGAGAAAUUUUCUGACGAGCGUGCUGCAUAUUUUAGGUGUUAUCAUAAGGUUACAGAGCUCAACAAUGUGAAGAAUGUAGCCCGGUUGCCAAAGAGCACCAAGAAACACGCCGUAGGGAUUUAUUUCAAUGACGAUACCUCCAAGACCUUUGCUUGUGACUCAGAUCUUGAGGCUGAUGAAUGGUGCAAAGUGCUCCAGAUGGAGUGUGUAGGAACACGAAUCAAUGACAUCAGCCUCGGAGAACCCGACUUACUGGCUACUGGGGUGGAGAGAGAACAGAGUGAGAGAUUCAAUGUGUAUUUGAUGCCAUCCCCUAACUUAGAUGUACAUGGCGAAUGUGCCUUGCAGAUUACAUAUGAGCACAUCUGUCUUUGGGACGUCCAGAAUCCCAGAGUCAAACUCAUCUCUUGGCCGCUAAGCGCCCUGCGGCGGUAUGGACGAGAUGCUGCUUGGUUCACUUUUGAGGCAGGGAGGAUGUGUGAGACUGGUGAAGGGCUGUUUAUCUUUCAAACGCGAGACGGGGAGGCCAUCUACCAGAAGGUCCACUCUGCUGCCUUGGCCAUAGCUGAGCAGCACGAGCGCUUGCUGCAGAGCGUGAAAAAUUCAAUGCUGCAGAUGAAGAUGAGCGAACGGGCUGCCUCGCUGAGCACCAUGGUGCCACUGCCCCGCAGCGCCUACUGGCAGCACAUCACGCGGCAGCACAGCACCGGGCAGCUCUACCGCCUGCAGGAUGUCACCAGCCCUCUGAAGCUUCAUCGAACAGAGACUUUUCCCACCUACCCAUCUGAGCACUGA